AUGUCCAGGCGCCUGGUAAAAGGCUCCUCCUCCGGCCGGCGGACCGACAACGUCGCAACCUACACUCCAUCGAUGCCGGCUUACCAAGCACCCGCCUUCCCCCUCAGCGACGAAGGCCGCCGCGCCCUGUCUAGCAUCAGCGGCUCGGGCGACCUGGCCGGCGCCUACGAGACGCAGCUGUCCCGGUCUCUCAAGCACCUCCCGGCCGCCGUUGCUACCAUCAACGACCGCCUCAAGGCGCGCCGCGACGACGUUGACGCCGCCGCCCGCCGCCGCCGCAACCAGGGCUCUAUGGAACCGACCCCGGCCGACGAGCAGGCCGAAGAAGCCCUGCGGCGGCUGGAGCGCGACGUGCCCCGUCUCGCCCGCGAGCUCGAGGCCGCCGACCGCGCCGCCAUCGACGCAAAGCGCGCCCUGCUCGAUCUCAAGGCCGCGCUGCGCGAGGCAAACACCUCGCUGCAGCAGGUGCAGCCACGGCAGAUGCGGGAGCGGGCUGGCGGUGGUGGUGAAGGGGCCGAGGCGACGAGUUUCGAGGAUAUCGAGGAUGUGGAUGAGUUCCUGGCUGCGGUGCGCGCGGGUACAAAUGGGGAGGACGACGGGGACGCCGACGAGGAGGAACGGCUUGGGCCUCCUGCCCCACUACGUAUAUUUAGGGAAUCGCGCGCGAGGCUAGCGGCCGAGUACGAGGCCGAGGGCGUUUUUGAGAAAUAUGCAGAGAACAACGACUACAUCACCUUCAAACGGCACUGGCACGACGGUCUGCAUCCCAACGAGGACAAGGCCAUACCGGACGCGAGCCGCUGGUUCGAUGAGGACGGCAACCCGCGGCUGGACGAGGAUGGCGGCGACGAUGAUGAUGACGAUAUCGCCUACGGCCCCGCUGUGACAAGCACCAGGUGUCCCGUCACGUUAUUACCCUUUCAGGAACCCAUCACCAGCAAGAAGUGCAAGCACACAUUUGAAAAGUCGGCAAUUUUAUCCAUGUUUCGCGGCCAGGGCGAGAAAGACUGUCCAAUGGGUGGUUGUGUAAAGAAGCUCACCUUUGCCGACUUCCAUGAGGAUCCUAUAAUGAAACGCAAAAUUGAGCGCGCCAAGCAGCGAGAAGCACGUGGCGCUGAGUCUGAUGGAGAAGGCGAAGAGGACGAUGACGGCGAUGAUCCCGACGCCAGCAUGGUGGAAACUGGCGCAAGGAACAAGGGCCGACCUAUUAAGCGCGAACUUAAACGUGGAUCCUCGCCAUCUUGAGACAUGGACUGAUCUGACAAACCCCUUUCGGUUACUUCCAUUUCAACUUGCGGAACCUUCUUUAGUGAUACCCCUAUUCUAGUCAUCCCAUUUAUAUGCUUCGUCAAAGUUGAGAACGGAGGUAGCAUCGAGAUAUCGCAUGCAGUUUGAUAUUUACUCGUAUGUACUGAUUCUGACGCAGAUUGGGCCAACUGGUCGAAACGAGGAAGAAUAUAAAACAUACACCAGAACUAAUUCAGAAUGACAUGUGUUCAUGUCAAUAAACUCUCCGAAUUAUCCGCGACCUGGGCAACUGCAUCUGUUGGGCGGCUCCAUGUGCGAAUGUGACCUUGAAGACGUCCGAAGUCAUUAGCAAGUGUCCCAAAGCCGAUCGGGUAUCGCACCCUGCCAACUUAGACUCUCGGGUAUUGCCUGAACUUACCACUCUUACAAC